AUGGAACCACGAUCGGCAGAGCAAUUCAUCUCAGCCAACAAACAUCACUUCGACUCCGAGCACGUUAGCCAAAAGCACGAUGAACAGCCCUUGCACGCUGAAAUGGCCAAAAGAAUUGGGAAAGCUUUACUAAAGGCAUAUCCAUUUGAUGAUGAGAAUACGACAGUGCUAGACUUUGCAUGUGGAACAGGCCUGGAUCUUUAUUGCCUGAAUUCCCGUGUUCUCGCCCCGUAUGUUAAAUCUAUCGUUGGGGUCGACAUCAGUCAGGAAAUGGUCGACAGGUACAACAAGCGUGUAGAGAACCAGGGAAUUCCCCGCGAGGAAAUGCGCGCGAUCUGCAUUCCAGAGCAAUUGCAGACCCACGCAAAUGACCUUCGACUUGCGAAACUGCUUGGAGAUAUAGAAUUCGAUGUUGCUAUAUGCUGCAUGUCUUAUCACCACUUUCCCUCCAUCUCUUCCAUUACACGCACGCUCUCGUCACUUCUAAAACCUGGCGGACAUCUAUAUAUUGCGGAUGUCGAAUCUAUCCCAAUACAAUCAACACCUCAUGGACCCAGUAAUAAUAGCGUUGUCAUGCACAAAUACGGAUUUUCAAAACUGGAAAUGAAGGAUGUUUUUGUACAGGCAGGAUUGGCUGACAUAGACGCGGCUUCGGAAACGGGACAUAUUGGUAGUAGGUUCACUUAUAGCAUUGCGACUCGUGCCUUCAAGAAAGGGAAAGCAGUAAAUAUAUUUCUCGCAAGGGGUGUGAAACCACAGAAACCAAAACCCUGA